AUGAUAGUCAUAGGCGCAGUGGGUGCAGCGAUUGGCAUUUUUGGAAUGUGCCUUUUUCGAGGUUAUCAGCAUGAUCACAAUAUAAAACAUGAAAUAAUUGAAAGAAGGAAAAGUGACUUUGCUCAUAGUGCUCGUAAUCAUUUACAACAUCUUAAGACAAAAAGUAGCAGCCUACCAACUAUUGAAACAAUUAAAUAUAGUAUGUCUAUGGUUAAUCAACCUCAAAGUAAUGAUACAUCAUCGUCACGUACUAAUCAGAUGAAUUCUAACGACAAUGAUGAAUUUGAAAAAUCGAGAAUAUAUGCCACUCUUCAUGCUCUGUGUUUACAUUCAUUUGUUGUUUUACUAGAAUCAUUGAUUGCAUUAGUGUCUGGUUUAUUAAAUAAAUUUGUUCCUAAUCAUGAUUAUCAUUCUGGAAAAGAAAUUAAUCUAUGGUUAAAAUAUGUUGAUCCAUCAUUAGCAUUGAUCAUGGUUAUCAUUAUUGUUUGUAAAGCUGUGCCUGUGGUUUGGUCGUUAGGUCAUAUUUUGACUGAAGCCGUUCCAGCGGGCAUUAAUACGGAUCAGUUAAUGAAAACUAUUUUAAAAGAUAUACCACAAAUUAAAUCUUUACAUAACGUCCAUGUUUGGAGGAUUACUGCACGUGAUAUAUUUGCUACACUCCAUGUUGUUUGUAUGGAAGAUGUUUCAUUAAGUGUAUGUCGAAAAAAUAUUGGAUGCCAACUGCAAAAAAUAUUUGAAAAAUAUUGUAUUCGAUAUUUUACAUUACAAGUCGAAUAUAUUAAUGAUACAGAAGAUAUUGUUCAGUGCGUUUAUGGAAUAAAAAAUAGAAAAAUAGGACAUGCAUCAUCAGCAACGAAUAAGGGAAACAAAGAGAUUAUGUUGACAAAUUUUUCUAUUGAAAUGUUAUAG